AUGAAGCUUUCUGAAUAUUUUGCACGAAUUGGCUACACAGGACCUUGCAACAAAGCUGACCUGGAGACACUAAGCAAAUUAGUUGAAAACCAUGUCACAUCUAUUCCGUAUGAAAAUCUCAAUCCACACUGUGGAGAAACAAUUGAGGUCAAUGUGGAAGCAGUCUUUGACAAAAUGGUGAGGAAGCAAAGAGGUGGCUGCUGUGUGGAGCAUAAUGGCUUAUUCUGGUGGGUACUAAAGGAGAUGGGGUACAAUGUGAUGUUUACAGCUGCAAGAUUGUACAAACCAGCAAAGGAUUGUUACGAAUCCUACCCAUCUCAUUGUAUCCUCAUAGUCACCAUUGAUUCUAAGAGUUAUGUUGCUGAUGUGGGCUUUGUAUCAUCCUACCAGCUACGACAACCACUGGAGCUGGUAUCAGGCAAAGAACAGUCUCAGCUUCCGGGCACAUUCCGCCUGACUGAAGAGAACAAUAUCUGGUACAUGGAUAAAGCUAUAAGGAAACUUCACAUUGAAGGUCAAAGCAGCAACAGUGAGUUUCUGCAGAACCAACCUGCCUAUGAAAAACUGUUUUGUUUUGCCCUUAAGCCUUAUAAAAUUGAGGAUUUUCAGGACAAAUUAACCUAUUUAAUAACGACUCCUGGGGCCAUGUUUAAAGAGUUAUCCUAUGUUUGUUACCAAACCCAGAAUGGCAUUAAAAUUCUGAAGGGUACAACCUACAUUGAAAAGAUGUUCAAUGGGAAAGAUGGAACGGAUGUCAGAACCUCCAAAAGUCUGACUGAAGAAGAAUUACAACAUGUACUCAGGGAGACAUUCAACUUGAUGUUGGACAAGAAGAUAACGCCUGUGAAUAAUUUCACUCAUUUCCUGAUUGAAUAA